UAAAACGACAAGUAUGUGUCAGGGCCAUGUUAGUAUCGGAAUUUCAGUCAAACCCUCAAAAACAUAGACAAAUCUAACGCUGGUUGUUUGGUUGGAUCUACAAUUGAAGAAAGACAACUAUGUGUAAAUUACAAACACUUUUCGUAAUUGGAUUAUUUUUGUACUCGGUCCGUGCAUAUCCACUUGAUUUAACGGCCACGGACUUGCCAAGUGGGCAAUUGCAAAUAAAUAGCCGUAUUUCCGGCGGCGAUUUAGCGGCGGAAAAUCAAUUCCCCUAUCAAGUUGGUUUGAAUAUCGAAACAACACAGGGCAAGUUUACAUGGUGCGGUGGCAGUUUGAUUUCAAACCAAUGGGUAUUGACCGCUGCCCAUUGUGUUGAGAGCAUCACAGGUGUCAUUGUCUACUUGGGAUCGGUGAAUCGUUUGCAGCCAAAGCAAACCUAUCGGGUGGCCUUAAACGAUAUUCACAUUCACGAACAUUUCAAAAUGGCAUCGCUGAUAAAUGAUAUUGCCCUGUUGCGUUUGCCAUCCAAGGUCAGCUACAGUGAUUCGAUACAUCCCAUAAAAUUACCACGCAUUUUUUCCUUCCAUCCGGAAUAUGAAUACCGGGAGGCCAUCACCUCGGGAUGGGGUCGUGAAAAUGAUGUAUCUGCUAACAUAGCCUCUCAUCUGAAGUAUGUCGUACGCUAUACGCUCACCAAUGCCGAGUGUCAAUUCGUUUAUGGCAAUUCGGUGCGUACGAGUAAUAUUUGCAUCGAUACAACGGGUGGUCAGUCUACUUGCAGCGGUGAUUCCGGUGGUCCUUUGGUCAUCAACGAUGAUUUUGAUGGUCCAAUACAAAUUGGUUUGACUUCGUUUGGCAAAUCUUCGGGCUGUACCAAAGGAUAUCCGGCUGUAUUUACUCGCUUGACAUCCUAUUUGGAAUGGAUUUAUUUGAUAUCGGGAGUGGCAAAUUUUUAAUUUCAGUUUUAAAUAU